CCCGCUUCGUGGUGCCUCAAAGCCACUGCCGACGAGGAAAGAGGAAGUGGAUCUGAGCUUCGGGUCGAUACACAGUGCUUACUUUUAUUACAGUAAGGUGUGAUCUGAUGGAACCCAUCAGCGUGCCGUCAUGUCCCUUAUUGAUGACAUCACAAGGCCGUUCCUGUCAGAGCUGAGUGCCGUGAUCGUGUGUCUGCUCACAUCAACUCUUCAGUCUUAGUGAAGUCAAUCCACUGUCUGCUGACCUCGCCCACUGCCUCGGACAUGGCACCUGUACCCCCUGGAGUUCGUUUCCUGGCAUCCUUUAACCGGGACCAGUGGUACCGAGCUUUCACAUUUGCUCUUACCUUCCUGCUCUACACCAGCUUCCACCUGUCCAGGAAGCCCAUCAGCAUUGUAAAGAGUGAACUCCAUAAGAACUGUACACCAAUUAAAAUUGUGUCAUCUACUAUACAACAAAUCAACAGUCACCAGCCCAUUAUCAUGGAAACAGACUGCAGCUGGAAACCAUUCGAUAAAGAAAACUACAAGCAGCUUUUGGGAGCAAUGGACUACUCGUUCCUGUGUGCUUAUGCUAUAGGCAUGUAUCUGAGUGGGAUUAUUGGAGAGCGUUUGCCCAUCCGCCUUUAUCUAAGUGUAGGGAUGCUGACCAGCGGACUAUUCACCUGCUUGUUCGGACUCGGAUACGUUUACGACAUUCACAACCUUGGAUUCUACAUCUUUGUCCAGAUUGCCAAUGGAGUGGUGCAGACUACUGGCUGGCCCAGUGUGGUGACUUGCAUUGGGAACUGGUUUGGCAAGGGCAGGCGAGGUUUGAUCAUGGGGCUGUGGAACUCUCACACCUCUGUUGGGAACAUCCUGGGUUCUCUGAUCGCUGCGCACUAUGUGUCGUCUAACUGGGGGAUGUCCUUCAUCAUCCCUGGCAUCAUCAUUGCCGUCAUGGGCAUCGUCUGCUUCCUCUUCCUAAUUGAGCACCCAAAUGACCUGAAAGCAGCUAUGACUCAAAAUGCAGUCAAUGGUCACCAGAAGUUGAAACUGAAAAAAAGCUGGAACGGAGUCAAUGGCCAUAAAGAGCUGUACCUGCAGUGUAAACAAGGAACAAAAACAGAGAACUCUGAUACAGAGCUGUUGUUGGGGCAGGAGAGUGCAGAAGUGUUUGUUCCUGUUCAGCAGGUGGUCGUAGUGAAGAGCGAGGCAGAACCGACUGCCAUUAGUUUCAUGGGAGCUUUACGCAUACCGGGUGUGGUGGAAUUCUCUUUGUGUCUGCUGUUUGCGAAGCUUGUCAGCUACACCUUUCUAUUUUGGCUUCCUCUCUAUAUCACUAAAGCAGCUCACCUUGAUGCAAAGAAGGCUGGAGAUCUUUCCACCCUGUUUGACGUGGGAGGAAUCGUUGGUGGAAUCCUGGCAGGCGUGCUCUCAGAUAAAACGGGAAAAAGAGCCACUACGUGUGCUGUAAUGCUGCUCCUGGCCGCUCCAACACUUUAUGGCUUUUCCAUGAUGAGACAGUUUGGUCUGGGCCCCACCAUCGGCAUGCUGCUGGUGUGUGGAGGGUUAGUGAACGGACCUUAUGCCCUCAUCACCACCGCUGUGUCUGCUGAUCUGGGCACCCAUAAGAGCCUUAAAGGCAACGCUCGCGCUCUGUCAACGGUCACUGCCAUUAUUGAUGGGACAGGUUCUGUUGGUGCUGCAGUAGGCCCCCUGCUGGCCGGGCUGCUCUCUGCACACGGCUGGGAUCAGGUCUUCUACAUGCUCAUGACAGCGGACUUUUUUGCACUACUGCUGUUGCUGAGAUUGGUGUUCAAGGAGAUGAGGUCAGUGAAGAACCGUCCAAGAGCUUCUGUCGAGCUGAAGGAACACUGAGCACUUUAACCCUACAUUGGUGUAGGCUCUGGGUGAAAGACAUUCUGUCCCCAACGCUUCCCAAACCAGGACCACAGCUUGAAUCUGUCCUCAGAAGCAGAUCUGCAAUUUGACUUGAUUCUUUCCACUGUGCUUUGUGCCAUUCCUGCAGUGUAAUGGGGCGUAAUUGAACCUUGAACUCUUUACCAUAGUUGUAGCCUGAGUAGGAGCUUGUUACAAGCCUACCUUCUAUACUGAGCACAAGCCCUGCUCUACAAACUGCUUCAAACCAAUGAAGACCUGUCUGUAGACAUUUUGAGCUCCUUUACAUCAGUGAAGGAUUCGAGCAUAAUAGAAAUGUUUAUCACUGCCAUCACUGUCUAUGUUUUUAGUGUAAGUGUCCUUGUGUUAGGUUUCAUCGAGUUAAAUGGUAUGAGGUGCAGCUAUUUAUAUUGAUGAUGUAAUAUUUAUUCAUGGAAUACAAUAGCUUUUUAGACAUAUACCGAUAUUUAAAGGUGCGGUGUCUAAUUUUUUGUUUCAGACAUACUUUAGGUCUGAAACACUCGCAAUAUUUAAUAGAGCUCGGUAGUUUCUUCACUUUUGACUGCGCUUUAAUUUAUUUCUGGGCCUGAAAAUAGCUACACCCUCCCAUCGUGGCCGAGACAAAGCUGCUCAGAUCAACUCUUUUUUUCUUGAAAGGCUCAUGAGGCAAAUGCUGAUUCAGUAAUGUGACAAUGCCGGCUUGUAAAAAUGUUUUCAUUACAGUUGCCGUUCCUCUUGGAGGCAGCGAGAGGCUUUAAAAGUUGAAAAUUGCACCUUUUAAUGGUGUAUUUUCACAGCUAAUAAAUUUAUUCAUGGGAUAAACCUAAUAGGCUUAAAAGAUUAAUGAGCUUAAACUGGAGAUUCUACAGGAAAAAAAAACUGGAGAAAACAAACACAAUCAGCGCGCUUGCACAUGUCGGCUUGAUGAGUUUUAUAAACCGAACCAGUCUGGUUAAUUUCUGUCUACUCAAACUUCACAUGCUUCAUCAAGAACUUCUACAUUAUCCAGGCCAGUUGUUAGACAGAGAAGACUGAGAUAGGUAGCGUAAAUGGCAUGACCAAGACUAGGACUGUAUACUUCCUCAUGUUGCUAAUGAAAUGUUAAAAAUAAUCAAUGAAAGUUCAAAGGACCUCCUUAGUGUGAUGUCGCUUACAUAACGCUAACCAGUGUCAAUAGACUUGCAUUCAUUAUUAGAAAUAGUUCAUUUUUAUUUUUUAUUUUUUUCAACUUGAAUUUAAAUACUUCCGUUUUCUGCCGUCAGUACGUAGAUGCUGUGAAUAAAAUAGUUUCUUCACCUGUACCACUAAAAAUCCGUUGAAGCACAUGGACACUGUACAGAUAUGAAGGCUGUAUAUAUGAGGGUGUAAUUAAUAUAUUGUUCUUCAUUCACUUCUGCCUUUCUACAAACCAAAGUCAAAACCAUCCAUAUUUAUAUACAAAUGUUAUAUUGGGAUAUUUAAAUGCCGUGUUUUAAAUACUGUGGUACAGAAUGCGUUGGUAUUCAAUGUACAGUAUAUCGUGAACGUUUGGUUUUGUUUUUCAGGACAGGUUGAGAUUCUGAUUUAUAGAAAUGUUCCACUGAUUAAUGAUUUGUUUUGCUCAGAUGCACAUUGAGUGUGUGUAUGUAUGAGUCUUCUGUACUGUGGUGACAUGAAGCCACUGGUUUUUUUUUUGUUUGUUUUUAAGAUAUUAUAGGGACUUGCACUAUUGGUUUACAGUAGUAAGUAAGUGUACACAAUGAAUGGAGUACACAGCAGGAAAACACAAGAAGGCUCGACACACAACUUGCCAUUAAACUGGACCCUUUGGCUUAAAAAGCCAUGAUGAAUGAUUCAGUCGAACCCGCUCUCUGACCCAUCUGUAAGUGGAUGUCACUUUAGAUGUUUGAAUGUAUUUUUGUGUGAAUAAAUCACAUCUAAUUCUCUUCCUGUGUUACAACAUGAUUGUGCCUUGUUUUCUAUUUUAUUGUUCUUUGUAUGGGUUUGUGUUUGUCAUUUUUAGACUCCUUUAGAAACUCACUGCAGUAGCUGUGCACUGUGCUGGGAAGUCACUUUGUAUAAAGAAAUUAUAAAAAUGAAUGUGAACAAAUCACAUUGUUAAUAAAGAGGAAUAUCAACUGUU